CCUACACACACACGUACACACAUACAUAUACACACACCCACCCACACACACAGACAGAGAGAGAGAGAGAGAGAGAGAGAGAGGGAGUGUUCAGAAAAACUGGCUGCUCAAGCUGUGGCACUCAAUCCAUUGAACAGUCAAGAGAAACCAUUUUACGCGCCGAAAUAAUGGAUUCUGGUUGGUAGCCCACGCUUUAGUUUUACACCAAAGGACUGAUAUUGAUGCAGGAAAACACUUAUCAAAAUGUGGACGGUUCCGAAGCCAAAAUACAGGCGGGGUUACUGCGCCGAGGGGGAGAUUGCUGUAAACAUCGGCGGGGUCCGAGUGGUGCUGUUCGGGGACGUUUUGAACCGCUACCCGGAGAGCAGACUGGCGGAGUUGCUGAACUGCUCCACUCGGGAUUACGAAGAGGUCUCGUCGCUGUGUGAUGACUUUGAUCCGCGCAGAAAAGAGUUCUACUUUGACCGAGAUCCUGAUGCCUUCAAGUGCAUCAUCGACGUUUACUACUUUGACGAAAUCCACAUCAAGAACGGCAUUUGCCCCAUCUGUUUCAUCAAGGAGAUGGAAUUCUGGAAAAUAGACCAAAGCGUUCUAGAUGAGUGUUGCAAAAGUUACCUGAGUGAGAAGGAGGACGAGCUGAAAGAGAUUUCGAACAAGGUGCAAGUCAUUAUGGAGGAUCUGGACGUUGACCAGUGCAUUACGCGCGCCCAGCGGUGCCAGACGUUCCUGUGGCAGCUGAUGGAGAAGCCGGGCUCCUCCUUGGCGGCGCGCAUCAUCGCCAUCGCAUCCUUCCUCUUCGUCCUGGUCUCGGCGGUGGUGAUGUGCGUGGGAACCAUCCCGGAGCUCCAGGUGACAGACUCCGAGGGGAAACUCGUGGAGCACCCUACCAUGGAGGGGAUCGAGACCGCGUGCAUGUUAUGGUUCACGGCGGAGUACCUGCUGCGCCUCGCCUCCUCUCCUAACAGGCUGCACUUUGCGCUCUCCAUCAUGAACGUCAUCGACUUCUUGGCCAUCAUGCCGUUCUACGUGGUGGUGUCCCUCACCUACCUCGGCACAGCAUCCAUGAUGGAGCUGGCUAACGUCCAGCAGGCUGUCCAGGCGCUCCGCAUCAUGCGUAUCGCGCGCAUUUUCAAGCUGGCGCGCCACUCCUCCGGACUGCAGACUCUGACCUAUGCGCUGAAGCGCAGCCUCAAAGAGCUGGGGCUGCUCCUCAUGUACAUGAGCGUGGGGAUCUUCGUGUUCUCGGCGCUGGCCUACACCAUGGAGCAAAGCCACCCAGAGACCCUGUUCAGGAGCAUCCCGCAGUCCUUUUGGUGGGCCAUUAUCACCAUGACCACCGUGGGCUAUGGAGACAUCUACCCCAAAACCACACUCGGCAAGUGCAAUGCAGCCGUGAGCUUUCUGUGCGGGGUGAUAGCCAUUGCCUUGCCCAUCCACCCCAUCAUCAAUAACUUUGUGAUCUUCUACAACAAGCAGAAGGUGCUGGAGACCGCUGCGAAGCAUGAAGUGGAGCUGAUGGAACUAAAGUCAGGCAGGGACUCGCGCAAGAAAAGUCGGAAUUCGGAGGAGACUGUGGACGCACCAACAGUUGGGACAAGUUCAGACUUUCUGUAACUUGUUAUUGUCAAGUUAUUGUUAUUGACUUGUUAAGUUCAUAGCCAAUAUAAAUGAAAUGACAAAACAAAAAAAUUUUAAAAAAUCAGUUGUCCAUUGUUGAAUUCACAAAAUUUGAAACAUCUUAAAAGUAAAAGUUCAGUUGUAAAUUUGUUGCGACUUCAUACAAGACUGGGGCCUGCAGACACCUUGGGAGAGCUCCAUUCAGUGACACCUGUAUAUAAUAAAACUGCUGUCUUUACUCUGCUCUUGCUUUCACUGGUAACAUGUGAUGUGGUGCUUCUGACCGUGUUCCAUGUCUAACUCUCGCCUAACUGUGAAGGCUGUUGUCAUUUUGGAUUCGAAACUUUUGCAUGAAAAAAAGAAACUGUACAUGUGCACAGAGUCGUUACGUCAGUAUCUAUGGGAGUAAAGGUACAAAUCAAAAUGUAUUUCCAGUAUAAGUUCAGUUUCAGGUGUAUGAGAAGUUCCACAAUUUUUCAGAGCUCCUCCAAAGUUUGUUCAGUACAAAAUAUAUCUCUGCUGCAGUUCACUCAGAUCUCAAAAGUCUCAUAUUAGUUCCAGGGAGCGAAAGCUGUGGAUUGUGUCCCUCAUCACUUACAUCAGAGGCCCGUUAUGAAAGGAUCAUAUCAUAUGUCGGCACAAGAGGAGUGAUUACAGCAAGCAAAACCCAUUUCUGUGUUCAUAUUGCCACCUGACUCCUGACUGCAAACUUUGGAAAAAAAAAUAACUGCGCUGUGCUUACAUUUUCUAAAAAUUUGGGGGGAAAUUGGAAAAUGAGAUAAUCUAAGAUUAUGACUAAAGGUGAGCCAUACAAUGCAGCACUCAGAAAACAUGUGUAACUAAUAGAUUCAUCUCUUCAACCAGAUUAGAUGAAUGAUGUGUGUGAGGACAGAUGCUGAAAAGGCCAUAUCCUCAUGUUAAAUCCCCUCCUCCAGUGAUGUGAACAAAUAUUUGGUAUUUAUGGUUAUCAAUUUGAAGCGUUCUAUCAGAUGUAUGGCUAAGAACCAAAACCAAAUGUGUGUGCAUGUGUGUACUUCUGUCUUUGUGAGCUUGAGUUACAGAGCGCACAGAGUGAGGACAUUUACUUCACUCUCUGACACAACGUCAAACAGCUGUCUGUCAGUUAAGACUUGGUUUCAAGGUCGAAGUUACAAAUAAAUGUACGUUAGGGUUGUUGUGUACGAGUGUCCUUACAAAGACAGAUGUUUGUGUUUGUGUAAUGUUGGGUUUUGGUUCCUGGAGACCCUGGUCCAUUGUUAACAUUUUUUUUAUUAUCAAAUUGUUUGAGUUUGUUCUUAUUUUUAAUGACUAUUAAAACAUGUUUCAA